AUGUGCCCCCCCAGCCAGAUGUGCACCCCCACACCCAGAUGUGCACCCCCACAGCCAGAUGUGCAGCCCAGGCACAUCUGCCCAGCCCAGCCCAGCCGGGUGUGGCUCUCCCAGCACGAUCCCACCCGCGGCUCCGAGGAUCCAGAGCAGGGGCACAGCCCAGGCACCGCUGGGAGCUGGAAUCUGGGAAUCUGGGAAUGCUGGAGCACUGGGAAUGGGAAUGCUGGAGCACUGGGAAUGCUGGAGCACUGGGAACUGGGAAUGCUGGAGCACUGGGAACUGGGAAUGCUGGAGCACUGGGAAUGCUGGAGCACUGGGAAUGGGAAUGCUGGAGCACUGGGAAUGGGCAAUGCUCCUUUUCCAAUCCCAGCACACCACCACCACAUCCCACUGUCCAUGGGAUUAACAGGGUGUGAACCUGGAGCCUUCCCCUCCACUGGGAUCUCAGGGAAUUGGGAAUGUUCCUGUCCAAGCUGCCAUUCCCAAAAUCCCAAAUCCCAGCACACCAGCCCCACAUCCCAUUUCCAUGGAUUAACAGGGUUAGGACCUGCAGGGAUCUCAGGGAAUGGGAACACCAAGCUGAGCUGCCAUUCCCAAAAUCCCAAAUCCCAGCACACCACCACCCCCACAUCCCAUUUCCAUGGAUUAACAGGGUUAGGACCUGCAGGGAUCACAGGGAAUUGGGAAUGUUCCUGUCCAAGCUGCCAUUCCCAAAAUCCCAAAUCCCAGCACACCACCACUCCCACAUCCCAUUUCCAUGGAUUAACAGGCUCUGGGUCCCUCUGCUGUUGGGAUUCCCCUUUCCAGAAUCCAAGCACAGUGGGAAAAGCAGCUCUGAGCAAUCCCAAAUUCCAGCAGCUGGGACACGCAGGCUCCAGGAAAACCACAGCACUCACACCCUCAAUUCCAGAAAAUUCCAUUUUAUCCAUGAAAAAAUCUCACCCUAAACUGGAUCAGAGCCAUUCCUGGCAGAGCUUGAAUCACUUCAAAAUCAGACUGUUUCAAAAAUAACUCUUGCCCAUUUUCUAGCCUUUUAUUUCUUUUUUUUUUUUUUUACUUUUUUUCUUUUUUUUUUCCUUCUUUUUUUUUUUUUUUUUUUGGUUUUUUUUUUUUUUUUUGGAACUGACAUUUAAUAAAUUAUAAAAUUGGGUGUAUGGUGAAAUAGAAUAUAUCAGCCAGAUAUGUAUGAAAUACACAUGCAUGGGAAAAAACUAUUGAACUCACCUGGAACUCACACACACAGAUCUAUAAAUACAUAUAUACACACACAUAUACAUAUAAACACCAACAGUUUCCUUUUUUUCCAAAAUUUCAAGUCAACUAUUUAGUGGCAGAGGGAUGCUGUAAAAACACUAAAAACAAUUUUUUUGAUGCCACAUCAUGUGAACCUUUCAAAUAACCAUACAACUGAUCAGACAGCAAUAUCUAAAUGCUACUUGGAUUAAAGAAUUUUUUUUUUUUUUUUGCUUUUUUUUCUUGUUGUUUUUUUUUAAUUUUUUCCUGUUUUUUUUUUCUUUUUUUUUUAAUCAAUGCAAGAUUUAUUUUGUUUUUUUUUUUGAGAGGAUUUCAUAGGCAAAAGGUGGCCCUUGUCAAUGCUUGAAGCAGCUAUUUGCAAUCAACAGGUUUGUAUUUUUUUUUUUUUGUUUUUUUUUUGGACAUGAAAAAAAUUCAGACAAUAAUCUGCUAAUUUUAGUAUUCCUUAAGUCUCUUUUUUUUUUUUUCCUGAUAAACUCAUUACCUGCACUUUCAACCAGUUAUAAAAAUAUUUUUCACACCAGAGGAAAUAUUUACUCUCUCUGACAUGGACUUUGGGACACAAGAGAAUCACUUCCUUCCCUCCCCCUUUUUUCUCUGACUUUAAAGAAUCUCUUGAAAAAAAAAUCUGCAUUCCAGCUAUUUACACAUUCCACUCCUUAAGAAGAAUGGAUCAACCCAAAUGACCCAAAAAAAAAAAAAAAAAUUAAAUUUCCUAUGUCAUGCACAAAAAAAAAAAAAAAAAAAAAAAAGAGAAAAGAAACCAGGAAUUAAAUAAGGCUGAAAAAAAAAAAAAUCCAAAUAAUUCCAAGGGAAAAGUGAAUUUUUGAAAGCCACAAAGAGCUGGGUAAGGAGCAAUAAUCUGGGAUUUGUGGUGGGUUUGGGGGUCAGGCUGGGCUGCACAGACCAUGCAGGGGGGGCUGGAUUUGCCUCUUGAGCUCAGGGAAAAUCUCCCCUGGAAGCAGGAACUGCAUCUACUGCACUAAAAUGAGAAUUUUCCAGGCAGGCAGGGCAGGCCUGAGCUGCCAAGGUGGAAUAUUUUUAUUUUUUUUAGGAUUUUAGGAGUUAAACACAAGCAGCUCCACGAGGUUACACUGACAUGCUCAGGAGGGGGAGGGGGCUGCAGGGCUGGCAAACAAAACCUGCAGCCCCAGCCCAAAAAAUGGAAAAUCUUGUUCCUAAAACUUUCCUCAGCUGGGAUUUGAUGCUGAUUUGGGGCCCCACUCCAUAAAUUGGAAAAUUUUGUCCCACAAACCAUUCCCCAGAUGGGAUUUGGGGUUCCACUCCAUAAAAAGGGAAAUUUUGUCCCACAAAUAAUUCCUCAGAUGGGAUUUGGGACCUCACAAAAAUGGGACAAACCAUUCCUCAGCUGGGAUUUGAUCUUGAUUUGGGGCUCCACUUUGGAAUAUUUUGUCCCACAAACCAUUUCUCAGAUGGGAUUUGGGGCUUCAC